UACUUCUUGCUUGAAUAACCUCAAAUAAAUAAUAAAUCCAAUACAUUUAUUUACCUACGAUACCAUACGAUACCAUACUCCAGUACUGUACAUGCUUUGUAUAGAAUAGAACAGAACAUAUUUAUAUCUUCAUUUCUAGAUUCAUAGACUUCUAGUUACCUUCUUCCAAUCCAUGUGAGUUCGAAACAUUCACCAAAAACGAAAUAAUGGCUCCUUCUCUUAUAUCUAUCUCAUCUCAACUUCCAACCUUUCGUCCCGUCUGCCAACUACCAACAGCACGCACUACCGCCUUCUUAUUCACAUCUCCAAGACAAGUCAGCCUCAGUCGCUAACAACAUCACCCAGUCUUCAUUGCACCUCCAAAUUGGUUCAAGAUGGGAUCAACUACUCUCCCCGCUAUGCAAACCUCUCCUAAAUACAUCUUCUUCACCGAUUUCGAUGGCACAAUCACAACCCGCGAUUCCAAUGAUUUCAUGACCGAUAAUCUUGGAUUCGGUCAAGAACGUCGCAAACAAGGGAACAAAGAUGUUCUUGACGGCACAAAGACCUUUCGUGAUUCUUUCCAAACAAUGAUGGAUAGUAUCAAAACUCCAUAUAGCAAGUGUAUACAAACUCUUAUUGAGAACAUCAAGUUGGAUCCCGGUUUCAAGGAGUUCUUCGAAUGGGCGAGGGUGAACAACAUGCCAGUUGUUAUUCUAAGUGGUGGAAUGGAACCUAUCAUUAGAGCAUUGUUGGAGCAUUUGUUGGGAAAGAAAGAAGCUGCAGAAAUUCAGAUUGUCAGUAAUCAAGUUGAGGUUAGGAAAGGAUUCAAGAGUCUCGAUGAGGAGGGAGGUUGGAAUAUCGUGUACCAUGAUGAAAGGUACAGUUUUAAAUUGGAAAAACGAUAUGGGAACAAAAGCUAACAAACCUAAUAGUCAUUUCGGACAUGAUAAAUCUAGAGAGAUUAGACCAUACGCCGCACUUCCAGAUGAUCAGAGACCGACUAUGUUCUAUGCUGGAGAUGGAGUAUCAGAUCUCUCUGCCGCAAAGGAGACGGAUCUUUUGUUCGCCAAGAAGGGUCAUGAUCUGAUCACAUAUUGUGUUAGAGAGAAGGUUCCAUUCACAAUCUUUGAGGAUUGGACUUCUAUUCUGUCAACAGUUAAGGAUGUUGUUGCUGGAAAAACAACUGUUAAGGAAGUCUACGCUGCGGGCAUCAAGGACUUCGAACAGGGAGAAAAUUAAACAUAGACUAUAUUGGGCUUAGAUUUCUGUCCAUAGAACAUAGAGUGUUCAUAGAGCUAUAGACAUGCACAUAGAUACACAAUUGAAUAGUCUCCUUGGCACUUUAUAACUUCCCUGGUGUAUCCAUUGAUCUGGAUUUAGAGUCUGACUUGAGAUGGCA